AUGACGUACUUACCCCUCCCACAUUCCGUGAAGCUCCUGGGGCAAAUGCAUGGCUUUAGAUAUUUUUCUGACACUGCUGUUCUUGACGCUGAUGAUGUCUUGAUGGCACACUCCAUUAAUGAGGAGGAGAUUACAGGGACAGGUCAUCAAAUGGACGUCAUGAAAGAUGUCAUGAAAGUUUUUAAAAAUGUGAGCACUGUCUCAUUGUUGGAACCUGAGGAUGUCCCCAGUGAUCAAAUCUUAAAGAUUAAUAACCUGGUUAUUGUGCAGGUUAUCAAAUGCAAGGCUGCUGUCGCUUGGGAGCCAGGGAAGCCCCUAUCAAUUGAGGAGGUGGAGGUGGCACCACCGCAGGAUCAUGAAGUUCGCAUUAAGAUUGUCGCUACUGGAGUGUGCCACACUGACUUCUACUCUCUAUACGAAGCGGGUGAAACAAAGGGAUUCCCUGCAAUUCUGGGACAUGAAGGAGCUGGGAUUGUAGAGAGUGUUGGACCAGGAGUGACCAAAUUCAAACCAGGAGACAAGGUUAUCCCUCUGUUUGUUUCCCAGUGUGGGGAAUGCAAGUUCUGUUUGAGUCCCAAAACCAACUUGUGUGAUAAAAACUGGAUUAGCCAGGCUGAAGGUUUGAUGCCUGAUAAAACGUCCAGGUUUACCUGCAACGGGAAGUCCAUCUUCCACUUCAUGGGGACCAGCACUUUCUCAGAGUACACUGUAGUGGCUGAUAUCUCCGUGGCCAAGGUGGAUGACUCUGCCCCUCUUGAUAAAGUCUGCCUGCUCGGCUGUGGCAUUUCCACUGGGUACGGAGCUGCACUCAACACUGCCAAGGUUGAACCUGGCUCUUCCUGCGCUGUGUUUGGUCUGGGAGCGGUGGGUCUUGCCACUGUGAUGGGCUGUAAGGCAGCGGGAGCCUCUCGGAUCAUUGUGGUUGAUAUCAAUAAAGACAAGUUCAUUAAAGCAGAAGUGUUUGGAGCAACUGAGUUUGUCAACCCUAAUGAUUACAGCAAGCCCAUCCAGGAAGUACUCAUUGAGUUGACUAAAGGAGGUGUGGACAAUUCCUUUGAGUGUGUGGGCAGUGCUACUGUGAUGAGAGCUGCCCUUGAGGCGUGUCACAGAGGCUGGGGAACCAGUGUUGUUGUUGGCUAUACAAACGUGGCAGACAUGUCUACACGACCGUUUCAACUAAUAUAUGGACGAACAUGGAAGGGAACAUAUUUUGGAGGAUGGAAGAGUGUAGAGAGUGUACCUAAGCUGGUGAAUGAUUACAUGGCAAAGAAAAUGAAGCUGGAUGAGUUCAUUACCCACACUCUGCCCUUGGACCGCGUUAAUGAGGCAUUUGAACUGAUGACCUCUGGGAAAAGUACCUGCACCAUUGGGAGUGUUUACAUUCCUGAGCACAUCACCACCACCAAGCGAUCUGCUUGA